GGGAUGGCGGCGCGGCGGGGGCGGGCGGCACGGCGGGAGCAGUUCCCGGGCCCGCCCGGGAUGGCGGCGCUGCGCGAGGAGACCGUGAACGGCUGGGUCCUGCAAUUCUACUUCCACCGCGCCAUGGAGGCCUAUCGCUCCGGGCGCCACCGCGAAUUCCGCCAGCUCCGCGAUAUCAUGCAGGCGCUGCUCGUGCGACCCCUGGACAAGGAGCCGGCGGUGGCCCAGAUGCUGCGGAUAAUGCAGCUGCUGUCGCGGAUCGAGGAGGGCGAGAACCUCGAUUGUACCUUCGACAAGGAGUCGGAGCUGACCCCGCUUGAGUCGGCCCUCGCCGUCCUGGAGCUCGUCCACAAGGAAUUCUCCAUGCCGGAGAAGACGGUGGAGACUGUGCAGAAAAUGGUUAAGGAAGCUGCUGUUAUUGUCUGCAUCAAAAACAAAGAGUUUGAUAAAGCUUCCAAAAUUGUCAAGAGGCACAUGGGGAAGGAUCCCAAGAACCAGAAAAAGAGGAACGAGUGGCUGGCUGUCAUCCGGGAGAAGAAUCUCUCUCAUCCAAAGGUCAAAAACUUCUCCUACAAGGACUUCCAGCAGAGCAUGUUUGAGUUCCUGAAGAUCUAUGUGGACGACUCGGAGCCGCUGCUGCUGACAGUAAUGAAAAAGACUUUGAAUUUGGAACACAUCGAUGAACCAAAAUCCUUGUCGGUGACUCCCAAGUCUGCAGAUGGGCCAAAGGACCAGACAGCAACUCCAGAGGCCUUGGGAAGGGCAGAGGGUCCCACUGGAGCCCCAGAGCCUGCAGGAGCAGCAGAAGAGCCAGAGGGAGCUGCCAGCCCUGCAGAAAGGGCAGCACAUCCCUCAGUGGCUCCAGAGGCCAUGGAAGGAGGCAGUGGCCCUGCAGCAGCUCCAGAACCUAUGGAAGUAGCCACUGACCCAGCAGCAACUCCUGAUCAUUUAACAGCAGAGCCUGAUGUCCUGAAGGAUACUCCAGAGCCUGUGAAAAUAGCUAAAGAACCAGCAGCAGUAACUGCAGAACUCCCAGGAGUGUCCACCAGGGACACAGAAAGGCAGCCCCCCGGAGCUGUAACCUCGUGUGGGAUUUCUGUUCUGAGAGAAGCUUUCAAGAUCCUGUCCGACUCCCAGGACUCUGAUGCACUCUUCACCAAACUGGACGAAACAGACUUUACCUUCCCCAAGCAACUGUCUCCUUCUGUAUCCCACAGAACCAAGAGACGGCAAGAAGUGGAGAAUCAAGAUUCUGAGAUCUCAGACCCUCCUAAAAUACCCCAUAAGGGCAAACGCUUGUUCACCAUAAGCAAACUGGUAAUGGAGACAGACAACCAGUCCAGCAAGUCGAGUGAGAGCCCUGACUCUUCCCAGGAGCCCGUGGUCUCUUCUGCCUCCAGACCCAGACCUGUUCAGAAAUUGCAUGACCAGCCAGUGACUACUGAGAGUGCCAAGUCCUUCCAGGGAAGGUGGAACAGCUCCCGUGGUGUGGAAGAAAAGGACAGUUGGAGUGAGGAGGAUGAGCUCUUCUCAGAUGCAGCAUCAGUUGGGACAAACAACACCACAGUAUUCAGCUCCAAGAAACAGAAAUGGACGAUCCAGGAGAGCGAGUGGAUCAAGCAAGGUGUGAAGAAGUUUGGAGAGGGGAGAUGGAAGGCCAUUUGCCAGAAGUACCCGUUCCAGAACCGCACAGCAGUGAUGAUCAAGGACCGCUGGCGGACCAUGAAGAAACAGGGAAUCCUCUGAAGCUGGGAGCCCUGGGACAUUUCAUGCAAAAACCUCGUUUUGUUUUUUGGAAGCUGGACCAGAGUGCCAGUACAGGGAGGCUGUCUCAGUAUGGGGAACUCCUCUGGCACCCCAAAACCAGGACUGCCAGGAACCCAGGAGCCUUGUUCUCCAGCUGGAGCUGCAAAGAUCAGUCUGCUGCAGGUGGUAGAGGCUGUGCAGCCUCUCUGCAUGUGCCUGGAUGGAGAUUUCCUUGUUCUCCUGACCACUGCAGCCUCUGUGGGAUGAGUCCCAGCUGGAUUGCUCUGCUCAGGUACUGUAAAUCAGCAGGAUUAUUCCUGUCUGAUCUCUGAAUCACUUUUUCACCCAUUUGCCAUCACUCCCUCGUAGGAGAGAGGCAGCACUGAGUCGCAGAGUUCCUGGGGGGAACAGGCAUUUCUUUCUGCUUUGUAAAUGACUAAUAGUGAGGGGAAAAUCCUCCCUCCCAGCUCUGAGACUUUAGAACAUUAUUUUGUGUUUCAGUACUUAGAAAUGUUGGUUGUUUCCAUGUUAAAAGUUCCAGUUCUGGCUGACUUUGGCCAUGUCUUCCUGGCACUUUUCCCAGUAAUGUCCUUUUACCAUGUGCAAUCCCUGUGAGCACAUGAGCUCCAAGGGCGCUGCGUGUUCCUGCCUUCAGCUGCCAAAGCUGGAAUCCAUGUCCAAACAGUUACUUGUAAAAUAAAAUCCCUUUCUUCUGGAUACCAAGAGUUUUAAAAAAUAAACUCCCUUUCUUUUUGGAUAUCAAGAGUUGUAAAAAAUAAAGUCCCUUUCUUGUUGGAUAUCA